CCCAGAACAGGUGAUGCUUCAAAAUUGUGAUCACUUUCUUGAGGCAGCGCUGCCACUGGAAGGAUGCGAGAGACCUAGGGCGGAGGGCCUGAGGCGGCAGAUCUGAACUUGAGGAGGAUAUAACCCAAACUUUAACUACAUCAGUCCGCACCUCACGCGUGGAAGCAAAGGACGGGUUAUCUUUUUAAAUUUUUUUUUCACAAGAGAGACUCAAACUUCGGCACUUGAUCCCUUUUCCUGGAUUGCUUUGGAGGAGACGGUUUGGUGACAACGUUGGGAACAGUGAGGACAGCGUUGUAACUCAUUUUUAAAGCGACAGUAGAUCAGACUUUUUAAAUGUUUGGGAUCCAAGAUACUUUAGGAAGAGGACCAGCUCUGAAAGAGAAAUCGCUGGGCGCCGAGAUGGAUUCGGUCAGGUCCUGGGUCCGGAAUGUCGGCGUGGUGGACGCCAAUGUCGCUGCGCAGAGCGGGGUAGCCCUGUCCCGGGCCCACUUUGAGAAGCAGCCUCCUUCCAACUUGAGGAAAUCCAACUUCUUUCACUUCGUCCUGGCGCUCUACGACAGGCAGGGGCAGCCGGUGGAGAUAGAGCGCACCGCCUUCGUAGACUUUGUGGAGAACGACAAAGAACAAGGCAACGAGAAGACCAACAACGGCACCCACUACAAGUUACAGCUCCUCUAUAGCAACGGUGUCCGCACGGAGCAGGACCUGUACGUAAGGCUCAUCGACUCGGUCACCAAGCAGCCCAUAGCUUACGAGGGACAAAAUAAGAAUCCGGAAAUGUGCCGAGUUCUCCUGACACACGAAGUGAUGUGCAGUCGAUGUUGCGAAAAGAAAAGUUGUGGCAACCGAAAUGAGACUCCUUCAGACCCUGUCAUCAUCGACAGAUUCUUUUUAAAAUUUUUCCUCAAGUGCAAUCAGAAUUGUUUGAAAACAGCAGGAAACCCAAGGGACAUGAGAAGGUUUCAGGUCGUGUUGUCAACAACGGUGAACGUGGAUGGACACGUGCUGGCUGUUUCCGACAACAUGUUUGUUCAUAACAACUCAAAACACGGGCGGAGAGCGAGAAGGCUGGACCCAUCGGAAGCUACUCCAUGCAUCAAAGCCAUUAGCCCGAGUGAAGGCUGGACCACCGGAGGAGCCAUGGUCAUCAUCAUUGGGGACAACUUCUUUGAUGGCCUCCAAGUGGUGUUUGGGACUAUGCUUGUAUGGAGUGAGCUAAUAACUCCUCAUGCCAUCAGAGUGCAGACUCCUCCUCGGCACAUUCCUGGAGUAGUAGAAGUGACAUUAUCUUAUAAAUCCAAACAGUUCUGCAAAGGAGCUCCAGGGAGGUUCAUUUACACAGCAUUAAAUGAACCCACCAUAGACUAUGGCUUUCAGAGACUGCAGAAAGUCAUCCCAAGGCAUCCUGGAGAUCCUGAGAGAUUAGCUAAGGAAAUGCUGUUGAAAAGAGCUGCAGAUCUGGUGGAGGCGCUCUAUGGGACACCACACAAUAACCAGGACAUCAUCUUGAAGCGUGCCGCAGACAUUGCUGAAGCCCUGUACAGUGUCCCCAGGAAUCCCAGCCAGAUCCCAGCUCUCUCCAGCUCUCCAGCUCACAGUGGCAUGAUGGGCAUCAAUUCUUAUGGCAGCCAGCUUGGGGUCAGCAUCUCAGAGUCAACACAGGGAAAUAAUCAAGGAUACAUCCGCAACACAAGCAGCAUCUCUCCGCGGGGCUACUCUUCCAGCUCUACCCCUCAGCAGUCUAACUACAGCACCUCCAGUAACAGUAUGAACGGCUACAGCAACGUCCCUAUGGCCAACCUGGGUGUCCCAGGAUCUCCAGGAUUUCUAAACGGCUCCCCCACAGGCUCCCCUUAUGGAAUCAUGUCAUCAAGUCCCACUGUUGGAUCUUCCAGCACGUCCUCCAUCCUCCCAUUUUCCUCUUCAGUUUUUCCUGCUGUCAAACAGAAGAGUGCCUUCGCCCCCGUCAUCAGGCCCCAAGGCUCCCCUUCACCUGCUUGCUCCAGUGGCAAUGGAAAUGGAUUCAGAGCCAUGACCGGACUUGUCGUGCCCCCGAUGUAAAGAAGAGGAAGAACUGCUUUCUUAUAGCACAAAACUGCUCACUCUGAUGGACCAGUAAUGAAGAAAGCACUAGGAGCUCUCUGGGGAAAGUUGUGCCCCACGUGAACAUGAUGGACAGAUCUGGGUUUGCAAGGAGCUGCCUCUUACCUGGUCUCACGUUUCUUGUGUAGCUCUGAUGGUAACUACACAAACUGACCCUCUUGGGAACGAGGACAAAAGAUGUCAUUGACGUAGUCAGUGCUAAGAGCAGAAAUGCAGUUCUUUGUUAUGAACAUUAUGAGAACCACCUUCCUAUGUUUGUAAAAUAUUUAAGAAAAAAAAUUGGCAAACGAUUCAUGCUUAAUAUUUUGGAUACUAUUUGUUUUUCUUUGUAGGAAAAAAGAAGUUGAAAGUUUCUAUUUUCUAUGAAGCCCUUCAGAUACCAAUUUAGUUUAUGCAGAAAAAAAAAUUGAACAAAACAGGGUACCAGCAUGGAAGACUUUCUUAAAAUGAAACCUGAACUGAAUGAUGAAAUGUUGUUGUAUGUGUGUUUGCUUAUAGUUUAAUCUCUUUAAAAAACAAACAAAAAAA